AUGAUAUAUCUCAACAGUAAUGAGAUCCGUAGUGUAGCUAUCCCUCAAGGGGAUGAUAGGCUUUGGUGCGGCAUCUUCCCGGGAGUGGAUGGUGAUCUAUGGCGAACGACGUGCGGAACCGGAAGCGGAGCACGCGACAAGAGCCCGUCCCCCAACAAGAAACGAGGGUCAGAUAAACCCCAAGAUCGAUCGGUGUGCGAAAGACCCGGCAGUGCAGCGAUGCGAUGGCUAUGCUGUGCCUGGCGAGAUGACUCCUUGGUUGCCAUUUGCCGGCGCGAGACGAAGACUGGCGGGCGAAACCAUGGAUCCCUCGGCCAGAAGUCCGCCGUCCACCAUCCGCCGCCGUGCGUUUCCUCGGUCAAGUCGCGCAUCAUCCAGCGGUUUAGCUCCCUGCCCGGCCAGAAGGAGAUAUACGCCGUAAGCGUGGGCACGGCGAAACCCCCAUCGCAAUUCAGCUCAACCAAAAAACAAAAAAGCGCGCAACGCCCCCAAAGCAAAACGACCCUUCAAAUAGCCCGCUCACAGCAGCUUUCCCCUUCCCCCAGUGCAAAUGAAGCAUCAGUCAUGUCGUCGUCGCAGAGAUCAGCAGCGGACCUGGAUACCUCCCGAACAAAGCCCCACCGGCCGUUCCAGGAGGAUCAUGCUGCUGUCCAGCGACUCGAAGAGGCCAUCUCGCAUCCGGGAUCCGUGAAGAUUAACGUGAAGGGCGCCUUCAUCGUCGACGAACAGCCAACGGAGCAGAGCCGUGUUGUUUUCGACUGCCGGGACGGAAUUCACUACGAGCACAAGGAUAUCCGGCUACCCCAUCACACCGAUGUCGUCAGUCACGUUGCCGUCGAUAUCGGAGGGUCGCUAGCGAAACUCGUCUACUUCUCCCCGGAGCUUGGCUCUUCGGCCGACGGCGGCAGGCUGAACUUCCUGAACUUCGAGACCGAGCGCAUCGAUCUGUGUAUCGAUUUCUUAAAACAAUUAAAAGAGAACCACAGGAAGCUCAAUGGCUCGGCUCCCGGUCCCCUCUGCAUCAUGGCCACCGGAGGAGGUGCGUACAAAUACUACGAUCGGCUAAAGGAGGAACUAGGAGUGGACAUUAUCAGAGAAGAUGAGAUGGAAUGUUUAAUAAUUGGGCUGGAUUUUUUUAUCACAGAAAUUCCGAACGAAGUCUUCACCUACAGCGAGACAUCACCCAUGGAGUUCGCUGAGGCACGACCGGACGUCUAUCCUUACCUCUUGGUGAAUAUUGGAUCCGGAGUAUCGAUGGUCAAAGUCUCCGCUCCCAGAAGGUUUGAACGUGUCGGGGGCACAUCGCUCGGUGGGGGCACUUUCUGGGGGCUGAUGUCCCUACUGACUGGUGCCCGAACAUUCGACGAAAUGUUGGCAAUGGCAGAACUGGGAGAUAAUAGCGGAGUCGACAUGCUGGUUGGCGACAUCUACGGGACCGACUAUACAAAGAUUGGGCUCAAGUCGUCAACCAUCGCCAGCACCUUUGGCAAGGUUUUUAAGAUGCAGCGCCUUGCAGAACGCAGUGCCCAGGGUAGCGAAUGCCUUUGCGAAAGUGAUUCGGAGUCCGAACGGGAUGUCUCGCAAUUCCGCCGUGAGGAUAUUAGCCGAAGUUUGCUUUUUGCUAUCAGUAAUAACAUUGGCCAAAUUGCCUACUUACAAUCAGAAAAACAUCAGAUCAAACACAUCUACUUUGGUGGCUCCUUCAUACGGGGUCACCGCCAGACCAUGAACACCCUAUCAUAUGCUAUCCGAUUCUGGUCCAAGGGAGAAAAACAAGCUUAUUUCCUUCGCCACGAAGGCUAUCUUGGUGCUGUUGGAGCAUUCUUGAAGCGGCAACCCCAAGAUUGGGGUCGCCGUCGGAGUAUUGAAAACACGGCGGCCACCCGAUUCGCCGCCUAUCGGGAGGAAUUGCGAAGUGCCACAAAGAACGGGACAGAGCUGCCACCCACGUAAUUAAUUGGAUCUCAAGCCCUUCCCCUUCAUUCAGCUAACUCUUUUUUGGCGCCGUCUUUGUGCCUUUUUAUUUGGCAUGCAUGCGUGUGAAACGAUAUACUGGAUUGUUGGAUUUCCGAAAGAUUCCCCUAGAUCUUUGCUUUAUUAUUUUCAUGUGUCAAUUUUUUUUUUUCUACUUAAAUAGGUUGCAUGCUAGAGGUGCCAAACCAGUGGCUGAAUGUUGACAUGUUUCUUCAUCCAUUUGCUGAACAUUGAUUCUUGUUGGGAUUCCCCGGUUUCGAGUAAAUGUUGCUUGGGUCAGGGGCAACUAACUAAUCUCCGUGUCAUGACUUUGUGUAUCAUGGCUCUUG